AUGGCGCCAAAGAAAAUUCAUGCUUAUGUUCUUGAGUCCUCUUCUUCCGAGGACGCCACUGCUAUUCCUACUCAUCCAAUUCUAGUUCCUAUUCUCGUUUGUCGCACUGAGGGUGUCGAUUGUUCAAAUUGGAAUAAGAUGCUCCCUCGGUUUUUUUUUCCGAAAAUCGACGUAUCCAAUAUUGACAUCCGCUGGGUAGAUUGGGUGGUGAGAAUGGAGCCACGUUAUAAAGGUUGUUGGCUUGAUCAUGGUAUUUAUCAUGCCAUAACGUGUUCCACUAUUCAGCUUCAGGCUAAUUCUCCUCUUCUGGGCUUAGCUUUGGUCUUCUGGAAUAGCGCUUCCAAUACUUUCGAUUUUGGCAUUGGACCUAUGUCGAUUUCCAUCCUCGACCUUGUGGUAAUUUUUGGGUUUCGUCCUCACGGGCAAAGCGCUGAUUGGCUAGGUGAUUUUCAAGAGAACCCUUUGAAAGAGCAAGAAAGAAAGGAGAACCUUGAGAUUCUUUCAGGCCUGAUUGGUUCUAAUCGGGUCUACGGGGCUUUUAUGGGCGCAUUCAUGAAUCAAACGAUGGAUUACCCUCAUGGCGAGCAUAUAAUGUUUAUGAUGGAUAUCGCCACUGGCCCUUUAGUUCUGGGCUCGAUUUAUAGAGCUUUAAGGGAGGCGACCAUCGCGCCUGUUAAUCUUAAUGUGAAGGGGCCUAUGUGGAUGGAUAUGCUUAUUUAUCAGGGUCCUAAGGAUGCAAAUAAUUCCCUUGCUUCUGGGAAUAUGGAUGUCUUCUCGUGCUUGCAAUUGCUGGAUUUGCCUUAUGGUGGCAGAAUGGAUUAUAGGAACAAUCAAUAUGGUGUGGAGGCCUAUAACCCUUAG